GCUGCCACCGCCCGUUUGCAAAUGUACUCCUUUGCUUGAUAUCGUCGCUGUUGUUGUCCUUAAUCUCUCUCACAAUAAUUUUUUUAGGAGAUGAUAUCAGGAAGGGUUUUGAUUGAUGAAGGUUUGAGAUAAGUGGUUGAGGUGGAGCAAACAAAUUUGUGGAGAUUUCUUUGGUGGUCAUAGACCAUUUCAGUGGUGCAACUGCAAAGAAAGUUGAACCUCCGAACCAGCGAUGCAACUUCAACAAAUGCACUGGUGCGAUUUUUGAGCUUCGAGUUUACGAAAUGAUGACUAAUUGAUUCUGGAUUUCACGUAUUCAACUGAAACAUAAGGUUGGUACAUUCAAAACAAUGGUGGAUACUUUAGCUUGGGAUGGAACUAUCUCAUCAAGUGAUUUUUACAAGGCUGCUUCUGCUUUUCUUCGGAGAUGGAAAUUGAUCAACUCUAAUUUUCCUUCAUGGUCAUGGGUUCCAAGUCAGAAACUACAAUGGAUUAGUUCUGAUAAGGUGGAAGGAUACCUAUCUUUGGAGAAAAUAUGCCUUCUGAGGCCACUCGAGGAGAAAGGAGAGUGUUCUGAGGAAAGAGAGACUGCUGGGUACAACAAUGAGUUUCUCGAUGAAGCUACGUUAGUCUCAUCCCCAAGUGAUCACCAAGAAGUACAUUACUAUGAUUUUCACAUUCUGCACUGUGCAUCAUAUGGUGUUCCAAUACUAUACUUUCGUGCUUACUGUAGUGAUGGGCUACCUCUGAUUUUCGAAGAAAUUGAAAAGGACCUUCCAUCACAGUCUAAAGAUGCAUUAUUGGAUUCAAAAUGGACAUUCAUUACUCAAGAGGAACAUCCAUAUUUAAAYAGGCCAUGGUUCAAAUUACAUCCUUGUGGAACCAGGGAAUGGGUGAAGCUACUCUUCCUUGGUGAUGCUUGUGGAACCAGGGCAUGGGUGAACCAGGGAAUGGGUGAUGCUUCUUGGUGUAAGAAUGAAACAAUACCAAUGGAAAGAUAUGUUGCAGCCUGGCUUUCAGYUGUGGGCCAAGUAGUUGGCUUCAAGAUUCCAAUGGAAAUGUUGAAAGAUGACAGCGGCAGUCAGUUGUGAUUCUGGAACAAAGCUAAAAGUACUUUUAAAAACUUUAAAAAUAUCAUAAGAUUGCUUCUAUAUGAAGCACUUAGAUUAAUAUUCUUUUCUAAAGUGUUUCUAGGAAAGUCUUUUAUUUGACAGGGCGUUUGGCCUAUAAUCGGGUAGGGUCGGUUUGGGUAGUCCACCCCGUGUUUGAAGCAUGAGUUUAGCAACAUCAUGCUUUCUGAACCUAACCCGCGGAGCCUAUUCAACCCCAUAGGUUAUACUUUUUUUUUAAUUACAUUAUCAUUUUUCUAUUAUUUUGUCUCAAUUUUAUCAAUCUCGUACCAAAUAUAUGUUUUAUAGUUCAUUUGACACUUUUUCAACCAUUAUUCAAAUGAAAAUCCAUCUUUGUUUUA